ACUUCGAGCCUGGACUUGAGCCAGGACUCCAGUUAGGACUUUUCUAACUUGUCUGUAAGCAAAAACAUAAGAAAAUAAAAAUAAUAAAUAAACAAAUAAACAAAAAUAACAUAAAAGUAACAAAAAGCACUCGUCACCUCCUAACCCUAUCCCUAACCCGAACCCUAACCAUAACUCGAGCUUACCUUUCAUGAUUGCCACGAAAACCCUCCUCAAUCAUAAUGGUCAUGUCACUUGGCCGCUAGUUUUAUCUGACUCAUGCAAAUUUGCACCUCGUUUGAAAGUUGGAAGCGCGUAAAAUUCGUCAACAUUUUUGUCAAAUGUGGGGUGAUAUGCACUUUAAUAUGAAAGGGAAGAUAUCUUAAAGAAACUAUGUCGGCCUGGCCCACCGUAAAUGACCUAAUAAUCGCCCGGGCGUCUAUUUAAUUUUAUGGGUCCAAGCGCGGGCGUCUAAAACAUUGGAGGCGUUUAAAAGAGAGAGACGUUUAUUCUCAUAACUGUAAGCUCAACAAAACUUAUAUGCUUUCGGCAAAAAUAUCAAGAGAGUUUACAAAUCGCGGAAUAUCCACUCCAUCAAUUGAUACAUCCAGGCCAUUUAAAGAUCCAUCGCCCUUUCAAAUCGCAACAUGGUGUCAGAAUCCUCGAUUCGUUUUCACCUUCCCAUAUCUGUGUUUCUUCUGUGGAUUUGGAAGCUCUAUAGGAACAGAACACCUUGGGAAUCCGUAAACUUGCCAGGUUUCAGUAAGAAGGUAAAAAAGAACUUGAGAGCUAAAAUGUGAACACACGUCGCGAAUUCUGAACUUCGAAUACAACGAGCCUUGAAACACAGAAACACACAAAACGGAUCGAAAUCCACAAAUCACAAACCAUGACCUUUUUAACGUGACCCGUUGAAGUAAACUUCUGUUUCCUAAGAGGUCCUCUAAAAUGAUUGACGGCAACGAAAAACACAAUUAUUUUGAUUGACGUGGAAAAAUAAUCCAAAAUGCAAAAACGUUUUUGACAUCGCAGGUCGCGUGUAAACCGAAACAGUAGUAAUAGGUAAUCGAAUGGUAUAUUUGUGAAAUUAGGGAAUAAUUACACCUUGAAAACGCGGGUUAAAUUAUUCCCUAAUUUCACGAGUAUACCAUUUGAUUACACAUAUUUCUUUACCAAAAAAUUGCAAGCUUACCUAUUCUCUUUUCUCUACAGGCGCUGAUAAGUCUACAGAGGGUAAGUGCAUUUACUUAUUUUCUUGACAACGUUUAAAGGUGACAGUGACAUUGAACAUUGUACGGCAAAGAUCAACCAGGAUUUGUUGAAAGUCCGCAACUAGUGCUUUGUUAUUGAUUAACGAAAUUCAUGAUAUUUGGUAGUCAACAGGUGACUGCUAAGAUCGAUAAUUCAGUUCGUUAUAUCUUUAUUGCAAAAGACCUUGGAGUAAUUUUAGAUGCCGUCUUUCAAUGAACACGUACUUGCAACGUUUGGAUCAAGUAUGUCUUGACUACGACGAAUAUAUCGGAACUGGGGCCAUGAUCAUUAUAAUUGAUCAGCAUGUAGGCUACGUUCACACUACAUACCGAAUAGCUUUUCGUGCCGACAUGAAAAGCUAUUAGGUACAGUGUGAACAGCAACGGUACAGAACUGGAGCAAGUGUGUUCCGGUCGCGGGGUGUCCAGUUCCUUUUUUUUUUCUAUUUUUUGAGCCUGUUCCCGAUUUUCUCCUAUUUUUAAACUAAAACCUCCUAUUUUUACUAUUUUUUAACUGGUGAAGCCAAAAUUUGUAACCAAAAAAAUUGAAAAUGGAACUUUGUUGUAUGUGUUUUAGAGUGAGAUUUAUCAUAAAGCAAAUAGUAUGUUGACUUUGAUGUUCUAAUAUUAGCAAGUUACAUUUGUUCUUUCCAUGCCCUCUAUUGCCUAUUACAGUUCUGUUAACAACUUUGUUAUAUUGUUACUUUUUGUAUAAUUUUCUAGUGCACCUCCAGGUAUUGUAUAUAGUGUUAGGGUUCUCAAGACUUUUGAAUAAUGUGCAUAGCCCACUGAAACUGCAUUUCAGUAUGUGUGCAUGUUAUAUUUUGAGGUCUUGCUCGCUUUUAUGUUCAUCUUUGAAACUGAAACUGAAAACUAUUAAGUUAAGUUCCAUAGCGAAUAAAGGUGAAUUUCAUAUAUCCCAUAAUGCUUCGCGGCAAAUUUCCGUCUUCUCUCCGCGGUGGAAAGAGCGUUUGAGGGUUUUGAGGGAGAUUUUCAACGACCUGAAUUUCAAGAUGCAGUUCAUCCAAGGUAAGUUUCAAUGAUCCCUGUUAAUCUUUGGUAUCUGAUUAAUAAUGAAAGAUGUUUCCAUGGUCAUUUCACGCAUUAUUGCUCUCGUCUACGACCCUGUUAAGCCAUGCUGUUUUCAUGUGUUUUAACUCGCAAGUGAAUAUUUAUUGAGAUGACUUUCAAUUAUCGAAAACUGUCUUUAUUAUAGCGAUGUUUUGCCCUAAUAAAUUAUUUAAAUCAGCGGACAAGGGGUGCUUGAUACUAGCUCCACGCUCCGACCUCUUUCGACCUCGCGAUUUUUAUGGGUUUGAUCGUUUUGAAGUAUCGCAUUUUCUGCCCUUUCUCCGUUAAGAUACAAGACGAAGGUUUCAAUUUCUUUAUGCUAAGUCCUGCGAAGAUGGGGCAUUUUUUCUUGAAUUCGCUCUUUUUUCGCUGAUCAAAACACAAAUAUUAUAUCUUGAGGGUAUGACGAAUGUUUAAAUUCAAUGGUUUAUAGUUAUUAAAGCUUUUUUGUCUCAUUAUUUUACGUAAAAUUGGUUUCUCAUAGCGGCUUCCGGUCGCAACCGCGCGUGGCGAACUUGAAAUAUAGAGGCCAGCAAAUGUCAUGGAACAGCACACCGUAGGACCUCAACCGGCGUAUAAAACCUUUUUUUUAAGACAUUUUGAUAAUUCUUGUAGGAUCCAUUGUAGUGAAGAAGUGGGUGUUUUUGUAUAUGUAUUUUGCCAUUUCUCAACAAAGCUUUUUUCUGGGUAGUUUCGAAAACGAAGCACUCGAAAACGAAGACCGAAGCACGAAGCACCCAAAACUCGAAAACGAAGCACCCAAAUCUCGAAAACGAAGCACCCAAAUCUCGAAAACGAAGCACCCAAAACUCGAAAACGAAGCACCCAAAACUCGAAAACGAAGCACCCAAAACUCGAAAACGAAGCACCCAAAUCUCGAAAACGAAGCACCCAAAUCUCGAAAACGAAGCACCCUAUCUCGAAAACGAAGACCCCAAAAUCUCGAAAACGAAGCAGCCAAAACUCGAAAACGAAGACCCCUAAAUCUCGAAAACGAAAACUCGAAACUACUGUAGGUUUAAUAAGUGCAACUUUACGUCUUACAUGACGCAAUCCGAAUCAGGUGGAGGCAGCGGAUGAGUCCGCACCUUCAAAGGUCCACAACCAACUGUUUCACUGAACGUUUCUAGAUAGGAUAUCCUGUAUUAAUUUUAAUAUUAGUCUCGCUAUACUUGAUACAUCUUACCUUAAUAUGCAUUUUUUCGGUACACAUACAUGUUUAUGUAGACUUCAAAACUGUCCGUCAGCAGAUUUUGGCGUAUUCAAGUACGCGUGAGCAGUAACACAAAAGGUCUGAAACGAGGCUGAAAACGGAGUGUGAGGCUCGCGCGUAUUACUCUUACGCCACGCUUUACCGACUUCUUUACUGAUUUUGAGAAAAAAACCGAUUGUUUUGCAGUCUAACAUAUUGGAUAUCUAUGACACUGCGUGAUCAGAUCAGAUCAGAUCCAGGCAGAAUUUGUUCUAGGAUAACAGCCUGGGACCAGGCUCUAUGGUGGGGAACAGGAGAAUUCGUUAUCGUGCUUGAUUCCUGCUGUAUUAGCAUUGGUCUCGUGUUUAUAAAGGACAGACCGGUUUCGAGUUUUUUUUUCGAUCUAGGGUGCUUCGUUUUCGAGAUUUAGGGGUCUUCGUUUUCGAGAUUUGGGUGCUUCGUUUUCGAGUUUUGGGUGCUUCGUUUUCGACUUUUUUUGGGUGCUUCGUUUUCGAGAUCUGGGUGCUUCGUUUUCGAGUUUUGGGUGCUUCGUUUUCGAGUUUUGGGUGCUUCGUUUUCGAGAUUUGGGUGCUUCGUUUUCGAGUUUUGGGUGCUUCGUGCUUCGGUCUUCGUUUUCGAGUGCUUCGUUUUCGAAACUACCCUUUUUUCUGUUUAUGUUUGACAAUGAUGCUUAGCUGGUGUUAUGUUACGAAAAAUAGAGAGAUGUCUUUGUUAUUUUCAUUGUUUGUUGGAGCUAUUCCCUUCCUUUGAAUUUUAUCUCCGAUGGACGUCACUUUGCAUUUUAACGGUCUCGGUAUCGACUACAUAAGCCGAGCUUGUUGAAGUAAAAGCACGUGCGGUCACUGUACGGUUGAUGUACUGCAUCGAUGAAUUAUUGAACCGACAAUAUGAGCACCGCGAUCACCAACAAGCAACGAAGAGAAAUCUCACACCUAGAAUAUGUAUUUAUUUCAAGACAAGGACGUGGAAAUCGCUUGUUAAUCCAUGGAGAGCUUUAUCAACGCACGUUAAAACAGGGGCUUAACUGCAGAAUACCCUGCCACUCCAAAACACAUCUAGAAUCCGUGGCUACGCGGCUACGGAGCUACACCGCUAGGAUGCUAAGUGGUUAAGUGGCUACGGAGCUACACAGCUACGCAGCUUAGUGGCCUGGCGACGGCUUGGCGACCUGGGCACUACAUGAAUAUAUCUCGUUCUUUAAUCCAUGACCCGAAACAAGUGCGCUACACAUGAAUAUAUCUCGUUCUUUAAUCCAUGACCCGAAACAAGCGCGCUACACAUGAAUAUAUCUCUUUCUUUAAUCCAUGACCCGAAACAAGCGCGCUAAACACGAAUAUAUCUCGUUCUUAAAACCAUGACCCGAAACAAGUGCCCUGGUUUCGGCUCAUCAGGGGCACCCAACGAGGAUAUAGUUCAAAACCGCUUAACAUAGCAUUGUUGAACGUAUUUUAGUAUUUAAACGGUAGAUAUAGGCAUAUUUUUAUCCCCUAAAAACUUUUUAUCUGUUCGGAUUUCCUAGCUGAAAGUCUAGUGAUCCGAAAAUCAUAGGGAUCAAAACUUACCUUUUCGAAAAUUUCAGCCAGGAAAAGGCUCCCGAAAAUUCUAGGUGGCCUUUUUUAGGGUAAAUAUCCGUUUAAAAUGGGUAAUUAUACCAUUUUGUAGAUGUCCGAAAAUCCUAGGAGAGGCAGGCAAGCAAGAAAUUUUACAACAAAUGUACCGAAAAUCCUAGUUCUCACAUCGUCUUCCGAACAGAUAUUUUCCCGAAAAUUGCCGUUGGGUACGGAAAUCAAAGUCACCACACUUAUUCCCUCUAAGAAAUCUUUAAAAUUGUUGCUUGAUCUUCGAUUUCUCAGCUAUUUAAAAAAGAUAUGUUAUACAGAUUCGUUGAUAGAUUUAUCUCAGAGAAAAAGAUCGAGAAGAAUAAAAAUUCUAACCAAAAUACUCGUUUUGUCCUAUUUAUGUUUUCUGCUGUUGGUGGACUAAAGUAGACUCGCCAUAUGAAAUCCGACGAAGGACUUUUGAAAAGUCUGGGACUAAAGUUGUGAAUCAGGAUAGCCGAUGACGAAGUACUAUUGAUUUUCCUAUUUUAAAUACAAAGUUUCCUAUUUUCUUUUUUUUUUUUUGAGCAACCAUGCCGCUGGACACCCUGCAGUCGUCGCUUCUACUUAUUUCCUCCUUUUCUUCCGCAAUAGUCCGCAUACCUGUUCUCACUGCGACAAAGUGGCAGAAACCUAUCCGUACCGUAAUGGGACGAUCCAUUUUCAAGAUUGUGCUUGUCUUGGCGGUGUACUGUAUUUUUUGUUUUCAUUAGCUAUUUUUUCUAACUCUUCAGAUGUCAGCGACUCACAAGGAAGCGUAAACGACAAUGGAUCAAAUCCCUCUUCGUCCAAUCCAGCACAAGGGGGUAUUGGUCAAGUGUUUCGUCCAAAUACCACUCAUGAAGACCCUCAACGUGUUCUUCCUGGUAAUAAUACAUAUUUGUCGAGCUCGUCACAAAGAGACCUUAUGGUACACCACCUUCGUGUGCGGGUACGGGUUAAUUUACCGUAGGCGUUAAUACGGGUAGACUGUCUCUCAUCCCAGACAAACAGCUAGGCUACCGGGUAGAACGAUGAUGCCAUUACCACAUUUGGGAAACUGAGCAUGGUAGCCUUUUGUAUAAUUACAUGGAACGCGUGUUUGCCAACCCGUACCCGUGGGCAGAAAAGGCAUCUCUUCAGGUCUCUUCCGAUAAUUUUCGGAGCGUUUGUGUUGAGUUGGGUUCGUGCCUGGAGUAAACAAUAGGCUAAAUUUCGUGAAGGACGCAUUUUGAUCUUUCUCUACGUUCUCACUGAUUUCAAGAAAGAUAGUAGAGAAUCAACCACGGUUUCAGGGUGAAAAACUCAUAACAAUCUGCUUUUAGGCGUCCCGGUGAAAGUUGUUUUGUUGGGGAGGGGAUAUGCUAAUAUUUUGAGGUUCGAAAAAUAACCAAUGGCUCUCUGAGAAAAUUCCAUCAGUUCCAAUCUUCUGAGCAACAAUUAUUACUGUGUCUGUAUUAUUGGCAAUAUUUAUCACAGCGGCUCCUGGUGAUCACAAGCAAUGUAAAAGAGGAGUUCCCAUUCAAGUAGAAAGUGAUCUAGCUUUAAAACAUGGGAACAAAACUUUCGCUACUCAAACUGAUAAGAAAACUGUGCCCUGUGCGAUAGAGGGUCAGUUUUCAUUUUAAGACAUAGUAUGUGUUGCUCAAAGGCUUCCAAAGAAAUUUUUUAUUCUCCGAGUGUUUAGAGAUUUACCAGUGGUUUGCUAUUCUAGGUUCACUAGUAAAAGACAAGAUUGUAAGAGGCAAGGACUCUGUUAUGGAUGUCAUAUGCCUCCACUUGGAUAGACCAAACUGUCCGGGGAGGAGAGAUGAUCAUGUCACCCGGGGAUGGAAGCAGCUUGCUGAUGAGUUCCAAGUACCUGCAGAAAAAAUAAAGAGCAAAUGCCGGAACUUCAGAGAAGGAAACCUGAGUCCAACUGAAGCCUUGUUUGAACAUUUAGCCAGCACAUCACGUGUUGAUUUGACCAUAGGAAAUAUUAAAGAACACCUCAGAACUAUUGGAAGAAACGACAUCGUUGAUGAUAUCGAAGAAGUAGUGGACAACAACAGUAAUCUCUCUGGUAAGUUUUUAGCAAAAGGAAGCUAAAGAAAACUUUAAUCCGGGUGAACAAACUUAAAGGUGAAGUCCCUUCUGUUAAAAAAAAAAUUAUACUGCUCCCAAAUUAUUCCAUGUAAAACAUGACAUUCGCCGAGUGAGGUCUUACUAUAAUACGGUUAUAUAGUUACACAGUUAUUUAUGUUAUGAAUCUGUUCUUUCCAAACUCACAGAAUAGUCAAAGUUAGGUUUGCUCUUUUGUUUUAUGUUCAUUCGCCCUUUUAUUGCUAAGUUUCUUAUUGGCUUGACACCUCUUUGGGCCGUGUGAGAGGACUGGAUGAAGCCAGGGACAAAACACAGCGUUAGUGCCCCUUUUCUAUGUCAGGGCGUAGAUCCAGUCCUUUACGCUGCAAGAAUUCGUUACCUAUUUAUCACCUACUUUACGUAACCCCUGAAAAAUAGCUUAGUCUGUUAUUGCCUUUUUCUCUAAGACGAUACCAUUUUGACUGUUCUUUGGAACGAGCAUCCGGAACUACUGUGGACCGUCUGUUUAAGGCUUGGUGACCAAAGAAGCUUGAAGAACCGGAUUCACUCAGGAAAGGGGCUUGGCCUUUCAAAGGGAAUGCUGCG